AUGUUUCAAGAACAUUUCAACACACGCAAUAACUCCCUAUCACUCCAGGGCCUCAAGUGCUCAUUCAUAUCUGAGAAUCACGCAGCUCAGAAUUCGCGUGCUGAGCUGUACGAUAUUCUCGAAGCUCUGGAUUCAUUGGACUCGCAGACCGUCAAUGAUCCCAACGACUCCGAAGCGCAUGUCAUAAUGGAUUUAGCAAGGGCGAAGCGUGAAGUCUUCAGAGCAGAGCAGCUUCUUGCAGAUUGUGUCGUGCGGGAGCAUGAGGUUAUGGCUAGUUUGUUCAAAAUCAGAGCUGCCACAUCGGAAAAGAGACUCGGGCUGGAUGCUGCUGGCGAUGAGCUUCGAGUUGAUUGCGUGAUUGUAGCAUCACCGAGCCAAGUCAACGGGUCGAAUGUCCGAGUCUAUCGCACGCGCAACGUCACUAUCCAACUCGACUAA